GUUCAGUGGACAGCGAUUCUCACCCACUGGACAUACUCUAGGACACCAGGCACAGAGAUCCAAACUGUGAGUCUAGAAAUUAUACCAGAUCCACCCCACACCAUGGAAGAAGCCGCAAGCCAAAGCCUAGAGGAAGACUUUGAAGGACAGGCCACACACACAGGACCCAAAGGAGUAAUAAAUGAUUGGAGAAAGUUUAAAUUAGAAAGUGAAGAUGGUGAUUCAAUCCCACCCAGUAAGAAGGAGAUCCUCAGACAAAUGUCUUCUCAGAGCAGAGAUGACAAAGACUCAAAAGACAGAGUCAGCAGAAAGAUGAGCAUUCAAGAAUAUGAACUAAUUCAUCAAGACAAAGAAGAUGAAAAUUGCCUUCGCAAAUACCGUAGACAGUGCAUGCAGGAUAUGCACCAGAAGCUGAGUUUCGGGCCUAGAUAUGGGUUUGUGUAUGAGCUGGAAACAGGGGAGCAGUUCCUGGAAACCAUUGAAAAGGAGCAGAAGGUCACCACCAUUGUGGUUAACAUUUACGAAGAUGGUGUGAAGGGCUGUGAUGCACUCAACAGCAGUUUAGCAUGCCUUGCAACAGAGUACCCAAUGGUCAAGUUCUGUAAAAUCAAAGCUUCUAAUACUGGUGCUGGGGACCGCUUUUCCUCAGAUGUUCUCCCCACCCUGCUUGUAUACAAAGGUGGGGAACUCAUAAGCAAUUUUAUUAGUGUUGCUGAACAGUUCGCUGAAGAUUUUUUUGCUGGAGAUGUGGAGUCUUUCCUAAAUGAAUAUGGAUUACUACCAGAAAGAGAGAUACAUGACCUAGAGCAGACCAACAUGGAAGAUGAAGAUGUUGAAUAAGCAUUCACUAUGUCAGUAUCUCAUACCUAUUCUUUACACAGUGAACUUGAUUUUGGGUAGUAUCUAUAUUCCUUUAGCAAACACUAAUUGUGUUUAUUCAAAUUUGGGGAAUAAAAGACACUAAAAUUAUGUUGAUAGAAUUUUUUAGUAUUAGUUAUUCAAAUUGAGAUAAUGUUUUACUACAAAAAUAUUGUAGUUCCUAACAGAUAAUUAGUAAACAGAGGAGGUGAAUAAUGUCAAUGUUAUGUCACUUUAAAGAUCCCUCACAGGUUAUUUGCUAGCUUUUUUACUUCUCACUUUUCCCUUGGCAUUUUUAUUUGGGAUUUUGAAACUGAGCGCUACUCAUGAACUGACUUGUAUGAUGAGAAUAAAAUCCUAUGAAGAAACAA